GAAGACGUAGCGGGGGCAGGCGGUCCCCACGUGGCCCCGACUUCCGCGCCCGAGCCACGGGGGCGGGGGCGGCCUGGGGACCAUGGCGGGCCUGGACGCGGGCGGGGCCGUCCCCGUGUGGCUGGCGGAGGAGGACUUGGGCUGCAUCAUCUGUCACGAUCUGCUGGCCUGGCCCGCCACGCUGCCCUGUGGCCACAGCUUCUGCCGCGACUGCCUGGUGGACCUGUGGGACGCGAGGCGCGGCCGGUUCUGCCCCACCUGCCGCGAGGGCGCCCCCGGGCCGCUGCAGCUGCGGAAGAACACCAUGCUGGAGGACCUGGCUGACAAGUACAGGCGGGCGGCGCGAGAGCUGGAGGCCCCGAGCCCGUACCCCGGCCCGGAGCCCGGCCCGGCAUCUCGCCCGGCGCCCGUACCCGGGCGCCCCACGGCGCAGCCGCGGGUGGAGGCAUCAAAGAGCAUCACAGAAGUUGACCAGGAGCUGGCAAAGCUGGUGGAACAGCUUAUAGAUAUUGUCAGGAACCUUCAGAGUCCGAGACAACGCCCUGAAUCUGAACCAGAUAAAGAAACUUUGUUGGAAGGGGUGGACGUUUCCUUGGCUUCUCCCAAACUGAGUUCCAGCCCACCUGAGCGAAAAAUGAAAGCUAUUCUCCAUGACUUAGAAGAGAUCCAAGAAAAAUUACGAGAAAACUUCACGCAGAAAGGGGCCUUUGAAGAACAAACACAGGUUGAACUCCCAGAAGUUCCAUCUUCUUCCUCAUGCCCACCGCCUGACCAGAGCCGCCUUGCACCCAAGAAGGCUUCCUCGUUUGCUCGAUGGGCCAUCAGUCCAACCUUUGAGCUUCGGAGCCUCUCCUGUAAUCUAGUGGUGUCCACGGACCUCCGGACAGUGACUGUGUCUGACUUCCCAAAGCUCAAUUCCUGGAGUCCUGAGAGGUUUGCCUCCAGCCAGGCCUUGUGUUCCCAGGCCCUCUCUUCCGGGCAGCAUUACUGGGAAGUGGACACUCAGCGUUGUAGCCACUGGGCAGUCGGGGUAGCUUCGCGGGGGAUGAGGCGUGACCAGAUCCUGGGAAGGACCACGGACUCCUGGUGUGUAGAGUGGAAAGGGACCAGCAAGCUCUCUGCAUGGUGCAUGGUCAAGGAAACUGUCCUCGGCUCAGACAGACCUAGUGUGGUGGGCAUCUGGCUGGACCUUGAGGAGGGAAAACUUGCCUUCUAUUCCAAGGCAGAUCAGGCGAAGCCUCUCUUUGAGUGCCCAAUCUCUGUCUCUUUUCCUCUACACCCUGCCUUCUGGCUGUAUGGCUUAUACCCUGGAAAUUCUCUGACUAUUAGGCAAAUGAAUGUGUAAACAUUCCCCGGGUGUUAAAGCACAUCGAUUUCUGGGUCUCUCUGACUUUUAGCAGGGUGGCAACUUAAGAAUCCCAUUUUCAGCACUUCCCUGGUGGUCCAGACGGUUAGGAAUCCACCUGCCAAUGCAGGGGACAUGGGUUCAGUCCCUGAUUCCAAAAGAUCCCACGUGCCACAGAGCAGCUAAGCCAGUGCGCCAUAUCUACUGAGUGCUGGAGCCGUGGAGCCCAUGCCCGGCAACGACAGAAGCCACCACAGGGAGAAGCCAGCACACCCCAAGGAAGAAUAACUCCCGCUCACCACAACCAGGGCCCUGCCCAGCCAAAAAUAAUUUUUAAAAAUAAAGGAAUCGCAAACAAAUAAGGAAUGAACUUUCAAAGUUGAGGGAUGCAAAGUAACUGUUUAACUUGGCUAACUUGCAUUGUUCAAACCCUCCUGGUCCAAAGAAAGGACAGGCUCUUGAGUAGGAGAUAAUAUCUAAGCCCUUGGAAGCUCCUGCCUGAUAAGACUGUCUUUAUCGGAGGCCCUUGGGCCACUCAGUAUCAGCUCGAUCUCUGGAGGAGCUGGAAACUAAGAUCAGCCAUAUGAGCAGUGAUUCUGCCUACAAAAUAAAGUGACUCAGUGUCCGACUCUUUGCGACCCUGUGGACUAUAGCCUGCCAGGCUCCUCCACCCAUCGGAUUUUCCAGGCAAGAAUGCUGGAGUGGGUUGCCAUUUCCUUCUCCAGGGAAUCUUCCUGACCCAGAGAUUGAACCCAGGUCUCCCUCAUUGCAGGCAGACUCUUGAUCAUCUGAGCCACCGGAGAAUCUGCCUACCAUGGGCCAAUCAAGGCUUUGGACACUGAGUCUUGGAUGUGCUUCCCUCGUUGGCAGUAUUCCGUGUGUGUUGUCACACAUCAUGCUGGGAGAAUUAAGCAAUGACCCUAUAAUGAGAGGGCCUUUUUCCAUGUCUGAUUUUAACCUAUAUCCUUUCAUUGUAAUAAACUGUAGUCACAAGUAUAGCAGCUUUGCUGAAUUCUGUGAGUCCUUCUAGUGAAUCACUGACAAUGAGAUUGAUUUUGGGGGUCCUCCUCCCCACCCACAGGGGGCAUGCUGUCAGGCAUGUGUAAUGUUAUUAGCACACAUUCAGUGGCUUCAAACAACACACAUUUACAAUCUCAAGGCUUCUAUGGGCCAGAGUCAGGGUACAGCUUAGCUGAGGCUUCUGUUCUGGAGUCUUGAAAGCUGCAGUCGGAGUGUGAACUGGGGCCGGGUGACGUGGAGGCUCCCCUGGGGAAGGACUUGCUUCCAAACUCACGUGGUUGUUGGCAGUAUUCAGUUCCUUGUGGGUUUUCAGACCGAGGACCCCAGUUCCUUACCCAGUGGGCCUCUGCAACGUAGCUGCUUACUUCAUCAAAGCCACAGAGGGAGAUCAAGUCUCCCAAAAGGUGGACAUUCAAUCUUUUAACAACUUUAAUUUUUUUAAAAAUCGUUAACUUUUAAUGGAAGAGUAGUUGCUUUAUAAUACUGGUUCGGUUUCUGCCAUACAUUCAAGGGGGGGGGGGGGCAUCUAUAUACCUGUGGCUAGUUCAUGUUGGUGUGUGAUAAAAAUGUUUUUUAAUUUAUUUAGUUUUGGCCAUGCUGCAUGCGGGCUUUCUCCAGCUGCGGUGCGCAGGCUUCUCAUGCAGUGGCUUCUCUUGUGGAGCACGGGCUCUCGAGCACAGGUUCAGUAGUUGUGGUUCAGGGGCUGAGUUGCCUCAUGAAUUGUGGGAUCUUCCCAGACCAAGGGAUCAAACCAGUGUCUUCUGAGUUGGCAGGUAAAUUCUUAAUCUCUGGACCACCAGGUCAGUCCCGACAUUAAAUCUUCUGUAAUGUAACCACACGGACAUAUAACCAACGCAUCCCUUCACCUUUGCCUUUUUCUGUUGAUUAGAAGCAAGUCACGGGACCUGCCCACAUUUAGGGGUGGGGAUUCACAAGAGCAUGAAUACCAGGAAGUGCGGGGGCGGGUCCUUACAGUCUGGCCAGCACAUGGUAUCAUCUCAUACUUGAUUUCCCCCAUUUCUUUAGAACCAUUUUAGCCCAUAACAGAACAGAUAGAGAAAACUACACAAAACGCAUGUGCAGCGUAAGGAAUAAUCAUUAUUGUUAUUAAGCACCCUUUACACUUCAGGUCAAGAAAUAAAACCCUGCUACCAACCCCAGAGGCUCUUUCCCCAUUCCAGUUACAAAACCCUCUCUCCACCUAAAAGGCAUCUUGACUUUUACAGUAAUCACUUGCUUGCAUUUCUUUAGAGUUUUAGCACCCAAACAUGCAUCUUUAGCACAAACUCAAAGAAAAAACAAAAAACAAACCCUGAUAUAUCUUAACAGCUUUGUUGAGAUAUAAUUUGCGCACUAUAAAAUUCACCUAUUUAACGUGUACAAAUCAAUGUGUUUUAGUAUAUUUAGAGCUGUGAAACCAUCACCAUAAUCUAAUUUUAGAACAUUUUCAUCACUCCCCAUAGAAAGAACCCUCAUACCUAUUAACAUUUGCUAUGUCUUUGAAGUCACCUGAUCUACAGCCUUCCCCUCCCUUUCUUCGCCUUACAAUCCAUCUGUAGGCCCCCAGGUUGCAUGAGCACCUGCUGGAGAGAUGGAAUCCAGCUCUGCUGGGCUGGGUUGAACAGAAAGUCUUGCUACACAAACCAGCCAGGUGACCUCUGACAGUGCAUUUCGCCUCUUUGUCUUUCCUCUGUAAAAUGGAAAUCAUUAUUAUUGGCCCUUCCUUCUGUUCCUCGAAGUGUUGCAAAAGAAUUAAAGUUACAGGUGAAGACGUUGGAAGAAUGCCAGGGUGGUUAUAAACACGGCAACAAUGACAGAAC